GUCAAAUAACAGAUUAUUCGAGAUCAUUCGGUUUUGAUUGUAUAAAUUUACCGAUUUUCGCGAACAUGUUGGGGCGAAAAUUUACGCCUCUGGAUUGUCCUCCCCAGUUUGGGAGUAUUUCUGCAUUUACAUGAAAGCGAAAAAUGGACAAGAAGUACUGGAUAGAUCAAGUGCCAUUUGUAAGAUAUGCAAAGUACCCCUUGUGUACAGAACAGACUCUUUUGAGAAUGGUGCAGAUGGAGGCAGAGAGCAUGAUCCCAAUGAUAAAUGCGAGGAAGAAGACAAAGAUGAAGUAGAGGACCUAGAGGGAUUACAUGGAACUGAUAGUAACAGCUGUUUGACCACAACAAAUGUACAGACUGAAGUCAUAGAUGAUGCACGAUUAGAAGACCAGGGAACGAACAGUACAAGUAUACCAGGCAUAGAACAGCAACAGACUCUAACAAGAAAACAAGGCAAGCCCUAUGAGCACUGACGAGGUCUGCUGCUGUGGAGAAGAUUCUCUCACUGGACACUGAGGUUCCUUGCAUCACAAGAUAGCACAAGAUAGCUUUAACUUAGUAUAUGGCGAAAGAUGCUUUCAAGACCUUACAUGAUGCAGGAACACAAUUUGAAAGGUCGCGAAACUUGGCAAAAUUUACCUGAAUAACAUUCCAACCCACACUGGAUCCACUUAACCGUUGUUUUUAAUACAACUCAGAAAGACAAUAAGGAUUGAAAACUUACUUUUAAUAUUGCCUUUAGGAAUUGCAUUUGUAAUGUGCAAAUCCUCUAUGAUUUCGAAUUAGUUUUGCCUUCGGAGCUUAUUAGUCUGUGCAAAAAAAUACUCGUGAAAACAGCGCUAGGUUACAAACUACGAAAAUAAUUAUUCGCAACUGAAAUUUCCAGGGCUGGAUCCGUACCUGUGAAUCUGAAGUUUGAUCCGAUAUCAUCGGAUAUUUCGGGUACAUGUUGCAGCCCUGCGGAAAGCACACAGUGAGA